AUGUUCUCAGCUGUUUUGCUGUCCGGCUGCACGUCGAACGGAAUGAGCAAUAUAUAUCUGCUUUCUUUGCACUACAAUAAUCCAGAAUCUCCGAUAGUGACUGCCCCUGGGCAAGUGAGCCCGGCUAUUGCAAAUGCUGUUUUUAAUGCCUCACAAACGGGGAAUGGCACUGCUUUGGAAGUUCGUGCAGGUUACAUGGGAUUGUGUAUAGGCAAAACAGGCCCAGACCUCGACGAGACUCGUGUCUGCUCAAGUAGCGCCAAAUCAUUGGCUGCCUUUGUCCAGGCAGAGAAAAAGACAAUUGAUCUUGGGAAUGUGAGUAUCACCAUCAUACCGGAUCCGCUCAAUUUGAUCAUGAUUGCGGAGGAGUUUAGACAGAAAAUCGUGUUCGAUGGAUUGAUAUAUGUGGUUAUCGUGGCCUGCGUUAUAGCGUUUAUCCUCUUGUCAACUUUCCCAGGGUGGCAUGAAGAGAGAGAUGAGAAUGGUUCUGACGUCGAAAUCAAGCCGUUCCCUUCUCGCCCGGUAUCACAGUGCGUUCUCAUCGCACUGGUGCUCGGUUUCAGUCUUGGUAUUAUCUCUAUUCUAUGGCAGCAUAUAAAUAGUAGCUCCACUGCGUCCAUGGCUGAAAUCCUCAAUUAUGGCGCGGUGUCGGGCCAUGUUGGAGUUGGUUCAAUGGCACUUGGCUGGAUUGCAGUGAUCAUCAUUGGAAUAGUUGCCACUGCAAUGCUUGUCAUGAUCAUGAGUAUUUCUCUAAUUCGAAGGUUGACCGACGAUGAGGAGUAG